CUCCCCCACUGGCCUUCACCUUUUGUUCCCUAGCCUGGGCCAGUUCUCUCGCAGGUCCCAGAUGUCCAGUUCCAGAUGCCUGGACCCAGAGUGUGGGGGAAAUAUCUCUGCAGAAGCCCUCACUCCACAGGCUGUCCAGGCGCAAUGCUUCCGGCCACAGCUGCGCGGCCCCACCUUGCCCUCCCCCCUACUCACAGGUGGUGGCUGCUCCUCUGGGGAGUCCUCCAGGCUUGCCCCACCCGGGGCUCCGUCCUCUUGGCCCAAGAGCUACCCCAGCAGCUGACAUCCCCCGGGUACCCAGAGCCGUAUCGCAAAGGCCAAGAGAGCAGCACGGACAUCAAGGCUCCAGAGGGCUUUGCUGUGAGGCUCAUCUUCCAGGACUUCGACCUGGAGCCGUCCCAGGACUGUGCAGGGGACUCUGUCACAAUCUCAGCCAGCGGGUCGGAUCCAAGCCAGUUCUGUGGUCAGCAAGACUCCCCUCUGGGCAGGCCCCCUGGUCAGAGGGCGUUUGUAUCCUCAGGGAGGAGUUUGCGGCUGACCUUCCGCACACAGCCUUCCUCGGAGAACAAGACUGUCCACCUCCACAAGGGCUUCCUGGCCCUCUACCAAACCGUGGCUGUGAACUAUAGUCAGCCCAUCAGCGAGGCCAGCAGGGGCUCUGAGGCCAUCAGCGCACCUGGAGACAACCCCGCCAAGGUCCAGAACCACUGCCAGGAGCCCUAUUAUCAGGCUGCGGCGGCAGGGACACUCACCCGCACAAACCCAGGGACCUGGAAGGACAGACAGGAUGGAGAGGAGGUUCUUCAGUGUAUGCCUGUCUGCGGACGGCCAGUCACCCCCAUUGCCCAGAAUCAGACAACCCUCCGUUCUUCCAGAGCUAAGCUGGGCAACUUCCCCUGGCAAGCCUUCACCAGUAUCCAUGGCCGUGGGGGCGGGGCCCUGCUGGGUGACAGAUGGAUCCUCACUGCUGCCCACACCAUCUACCCCAAGGACAGUGUUUCUCUCAGGAAGAACCAGAGUGUGAAUGUGUUCCUGGGCCACACAGCCAUCAAUGAGAUGCUGAAACUGGGGAACUACCCUGUCCACCAUGUCAUUGUGCACCCCGACUACCGUCAGAAUGAGUCCCACAACUUCAGCGGGGACAUCGCCCUCCUGGAGCUGCAGCACAGCAUCCCGCUGGGCCCCAACGUCCUCCCAGUCUGUCUGCCCGAUAAUGAGACCCUCUACCGCAGCGGCUUGCUGGGCUACGUCAGUGGGUUUGGCGUGGAGAUGGGCUGGCUAACUACUGAGUUGAAAUAUUCAAGGCUGCCUGUAGCUCCCAGGGAGGCCUGUGAGGCCUGGCUCCAAAAGAGACAGAGGCCCGAGGUGUUUUCUGACGAUAUGUUCUGUGUUGGGGACGAGACACAGCGGCACAGUGUCUGCCAGGGGGACAGUGGCAGCGUCUAUGUGGUAUGGGACGAUCGUGCCCAUCACUGGGUGGCCACGGGCAUUGUGUCCUGGGGCAUAGGGUGUGGCGAAGGGUAUGACUUCUACACCAAAGUGCUCAGCUACGUGGACUGGAUCAAGGGAGUGAUGAACGGCAAGAACUGACCCUGGGGUGCUUGAACAGUGACUGACUGACACAGUGGAGGCCCCAGCCAAGAGAGGGCUGGGAGCGAGACUGAACCCUGGGGCAGUGGUGGGGGGUGGGGGUGGGGGAGUCGGGGAAAUCCCAUUCACAUCACUGUUGCACCAAGCCACUGCAGGAGAAACCCCCACCCAGCAAGCCUGCACCAUCCCAGACAGGAAGCAGGUCCCAAAGACCGUUUCUUCUCGCCCUCCACCUCCCUGUGCGCAUGCACUAUGCCCAGAGAAGCCUGUACAUCUCAGCAACUUUCACCUUGAAUUCCUUCGAAUCCCCAACCCCUACUUCAUGUGUUGACACAGCUUUUAUACUCACCUGUGGAAGAGCCACCUUCUCACCCGCUAUGAGAGUAUGGAGGAAGGGGUUUUCAUUGCAUUUCAUUUCUGAAACGUUCCUAAGACCCCUUAGUUGACCUUCAAAUUCAAGCUAUUCUGCAGCUCCAAGAUGCAAUUAUGGAAAUAGCUCCUUUUUUAUUUUAUGUCCUCCAUAUGCCAGGUGCUUCACCUGUUAUUUCACUUAAUCUUCAUAGCAUA